ACUGUCAACGCCAGUCAACUUCCGCUUUUGCGUCACGAUAAAGGGCGCGAUUUACGAGCGAGCGCAAAAAGCAUAACAAAAGCGCAUAUACGUUAGAUUUCGACAAAUCAGCUGAUUGUGUAGUUUUCUUGAUGACCUAUUACAACGCUCGAUCGCCCUUUUGAUUCCAGAAUUCAUUUCAUUUUGCGCAGUUUAUUAUUCUUUUGUUUGAUUUACCGAGUACUGCGCACGAGCACGUCGCUCGACAACUGCAGCAGACGAUGCGAACUUCUUUCUUCUUCCAGACGUUACGUUAAUUCAAACGUGCAGACGAGCUUUAUGAACGCGAGGAAUUGAGCGAAAAAACACCACCAGUAAACAUUUUUUAGUCGGUGCAACGCGAAUUAAAACGACAAAUCAGGUUCUCGCGAGUAUCGCGCUUUUCAAAAUUUUCGUACAGCAGACGAUAAUCAGCGACAGCCAGAAACCGCCAGAUCGCCAUAUCUAGUCGUCGCGUCGCAGCAUCGGCGGGAUAUUUGCUGCGAGCUAUUUCUGAGAAAGGAGAUCACAUCGCUUUUUUUGCGAGCUUAAAGACAAGCCCUCGACGAGCGCAGUUUAUUUGUACCUACACCUUUUUCCGCAAGUGUAGCGCGUUCAUUUAAAAAGGACGAACCGAACGUGCGAAUGCAGGGGCCCGAUAUGAGAGGAGACGGCGACACCGGACAAACGACGCCGCACAGAGGUUCGACGCGCGGGAUUCUCCCACCAGUGCCUGGAGCCCCGGUGAAGAAACGGAAUCGCUGCCAAUCCGCCAAAGGGUCGCUGACGCCUAAGAGGCUUGUCUACAAUGGUGUGUCUCAAACACAGGAAGGGACCCAAGACACAAGCGAAUGCCUUGACCCUGACUCCAGCCAAGAGAUGCAAGAGCUACUUGAAACUAGGAUCAACACUGUUGAGGGAACAUGGGUGCAAUGCGAUAACCUGGAGUGCAACAAAUGGCGGUACCUUGCCAAUGUCAUCGAUCCCAGUGAGCUUCCCGAGAAGUGGUUUUGCUCCAUGAACAGCGAUCCGAAACACAACACCUGCGAAGCUGAGGAAGAUGAUCUGCCCGAUGAUGACUUGCUGGAAACAAAGUACUUCGUUGGCUCACUAGUCUGGGCCAAAGUGAACACAUAUCCAUGGUGGCCUGCCAUGAUUGAUGACGAUCCUGACUUGGGUGUCUACGAAUGGAGAGAAAGCGAACAUGGCCUACCGACAAGUUACCACGUGACCUUUCUGGACCAAAAGGUGACACGGGCUUGGGUUCGAGAUAGGUUUUGCGUACCUUUUCGACAGGCACACAAUCAUGAUGGGCCUGCAGGGAACAAGGUUCCUGGCUACUACAGAAAGAUGUUCGAUACAGCAGUGGCGACUGCUGAAAUAGCACUCAAGAUGACCGUGGCGGAACGCAUCAAGAGCUACUGCUUCCUGAAUAAGUACCGAGGCACGCAGAACUCAGUCCAAGCUCCCAAAGAGAAGCGUCCUCGCGGGAGACCGCGCAAAACCCCUGCACCUGAUACACAGCCUGGCAAAGAUGCAACGGCUGCAAAGCCAAGACAAGGAGUGAAACGCCCAAGGGCACCGUUGUGUACAAAUAUUCAAGAAGCAAGCGACGAGGCUGAACAACCACAUCCAAAGCAGUCGAAGGAAACCACCAAACAAGGAAAGACAACUCCACGUGGUAGACCACGGAAGGUGAAUGCAUCGCCGACACAACCCAGCACAGAAGUCACCUCACAAGUAAACCAAGCCGUGAAACGCCCGAGAGGAAGGCCGCGCAAGAACUUUUCCAUUGAAAGCAGUAAGCCUGCACAGUCCCGCCCAAAGAAGCCAACGGCUAGCUCAAAACAAGCACUGGAGCUCGAGCGUGAAGACAUGGAGCCCGGUGAUUGCAAGAAAGCCUCUGCAGCGCUGGCAGCACCCACAACGCGUAUUUUAAAGCAACCAGCAAGAGGCAAGCUGUCAGCGAUUCAAUCCAAGAGAAGAAUUGAAGAAACUAUACAAGCACAAACUUACGAAAAGGGAUCCAAAGAAAACGUGAGCAUCGUGACUGCCUCCUUAAUUCCGACAGUGACAACAGCUUCGGGCAAGACCAAAGUCGUUGCACACGAUGCUGGCGUGACAGUGUCAAAGAGGCACGCAGAACACGAAACCCAAAAUGAAGAAGCUGGAGCUCCUUCUGAGCAAUCUCUUUUCACAUCCUCAACUGAUCAUAAAAACCCCGAUUCAAUGGGAGCUACGGCAUUCCCACAGCCCAUCAAGAACCCAGGAUGUGCUUUCAAGAUGUCCGCCGUCCCAAAUCCCGCCGAGAAAAAAGAUGACUCGGCGGUCUGUGCAGGAGUGACUAUAGACAGUGUGACAGAGAGUGACAGGGUGAAGCUACGAACAGACAUCGACGUUACUCAUGCUCCCAUAGAUAACGCCACUGCGCAAGCCGAACCUGACAGUGACAAGUCACCUACCAGAACCAAAGCUGAUGAUGCCAAGCUGCUCGUGCCUCGACGAGAUUCAACAGAGGCAGAAUUUGUCUACUCUAUUCCAUCGUUCGACAGCGCAGAGGCUCAGCUUGAUGCUAUGAUGUCAAUUCUCUGAUUGAAUUCCU